AUGGUUCAUUAUGGUUAUGAACCAUUUGAAGAUGGAAGUAGAGUUGCUUUAAAUUUGGCUACUAGUUAUGCAAUUGUUAAGGUGGGUGAAAAAAAAAAUAACUAUUCAACUUGUAUUUGGUUGACACCAAAAAUGGCAGAAACAAUUAUAGGUCCUAUUACUGAAUUAUUUAAGAGAAUUACUAUAAACAAAAUUAAAAAUUCUUGA